ACAAUGCACAUGGCUGAUUUGCAUGGAUGAGUUCUCGAAUACAGCUGGUUGCUCGGCCAAUGAAGAGCCGUCGAGGCGGCGAACAAUCUCUCGAUUUGCUAGGAAAAGUACUGGGCUGCGAGCGGCGAGGUCGGGGCGAAUUGAAUCUUGUGUCUGGCGCGCCUUCCAGUUGGCGCGGCUUAAAAACGGACCUGUUCAUUGUGUAAUCAAACAGCUGAUUGAGACACUCGUCCUAUUGAAAAGGUGUGUGUCAGUGAGCCCAUCUCGUCACAACUCCAAGAAAAGCCAACGAGGGCAUAUCAAAUUAUCUCUUGAUUUUAAGUUAUCAAGUAAAUCAGAAUCAUCAUGAGUAGAGUGUGUAAUUUCGCUGCUGGACCAGCUAAACUGCCUGAUCAGGUAUUAAUGAAAGCACAGAAGGAGCUUAUGAACUACCAAGGUCUUGGAUAUGGAGUCAUGGAAAUGAGUCACAGGUCAGCUGAAUUUACAGCAAUCCUAACCAAUGCCCAGCAAUCUCUCAGAGAGCUCUUGAAAGUUCCUGACAACUACAAGAUCCUCUUCCUGCAGGGUGGCGGCACUGGCCAGUUCAGCGCUGUACCCCUCAACCUUCUGAAGAGGAAGAAGGCUGAUUACAUCCCAACAGGCAUGUGGUCUGUCAAGGCAGCCAAGGAAGGGCUCAAAUACGGAACUACCAGGGAGGUGUUCCCCAAACCAGCCAAAUAUACCUCAAUCGCACAUCCUGAUACAUGGGAUAUGGAUCCAGAGGCUGAAUAUGUAUUCUACUGUGCAAAUGAAACUAUUAAUGGUGUUGAAUUUCAGUAUGUGCCAGAGACGAAUGGUAUCCCACUGGUUUGUGACAUGUCUUCAAAUUUCCUUUCAAGGCCUGUUGAUGUUCCCAAGUAUGGUCUAAUUUUUGCUGGUGCUCAGAAGAACAUUGGCUGUGCUGGAGUAACGGUUGUGAUUGUUCGAGAUGAUUUGAUCGGUAACGCUCUCACUGAGUGUCCUAUCAUCUUUGAUUACAAGCAACAAGCUGCAAGCAAUUCAACCUAUAAUACACCACCAGUUUACAGUAUUUACAUCAUGAGUCUUGUUUUUGACUGGAUCAAGGAAAAUGGUGGUGUUGAUCAGAUGGAAGAAUGGAGCAUUGCUAAGUCCAAUCUCAUCUUUGAUACCAUUGACAACUCCAAUGGAUUCUUCAGCUGCCCAAUCGACAAGGAUGCCCGUAGCAGGAUGAAUAUUCCUUUCAGGAUAGGUGGAGCUGCCGGCAAUGAGGAGCUAGAGAAAGCCUUUGUUGCUGAGGCAUUAUCGAGAGGAAUGGCUGCACUUAAAGGACACAGGACUGUCGGUGGUCUGCGUGCCUCAUUGUACAAUGCUACAACUGUUGAGGAGACAAGAAAAUUGGCUAACUUCAUGAAGGAAUUCCAGAAUAGACACGAAGGAAAUACCACAGUCAGUGCUGCUGUCCCCCAGAAAUCGAAUAUCGCUAGCCAGCUGAAAAGCAGCUCUGCUAAAGCCGUUUGCAAUGGACUUACUAAUGGCCACCACACCAAUGGUGUUGUAAGGACUUAGAUGAAAUGAAUGAAGACAGUGACACUUUGAGCCGAAAAAUUCACUGGUGCCAUUACUCUUCCACGAAAGAAGACUGUCUACGUUUAUCAAUGCAUUUUUAUCAGUGACGACUACUCAGGAUGUCUGCUGCCAUAUAUUGCAGGUCCGACUCAACAUGUAUCUUGACCGAGUGUAAAGCCUUCACAUGACAGCUGGCAUUUUUUGUAUGGAUCAUAUUGAAAUAUCAUGACAAAGUAAUUAUAUGUGUACAUUGAUCUACAUUCACUGAUAGUACGAUUGUAAGAACACACUUGAGCUUCUUUCGCACACCUAUACAUUAUUUUGAAAGUCCACUCCUGAGAGAUAUUUCAAUUAAUAUUUUUUGUAGAGUCUUGUGCAAAAAACGACUGGAAUAUAUCAAGCCACGGAGGGCUAUUCAAUCAUAGAAGAACAAAACUAUUUUUAGGGCAUCUCAUAAUCUGGUCAAUUUUCAAGGCAUGCAUGCAUAAGUUUAUGAUCAACUUCAAGACACUCAUGGUAGUUUUCAUAUAUGCUUGUAUUGCAGAUAUGCAUCAGGGACGUUUGAAGUACUUAUCUAUUCAUUUCACAACUUCAUCAUUAUACUUGAGAUCAAUUCUUCAUUCACUUUUGAAAACAAAUUUGUGAUUGUAUGUAACUGUAUCUAUUGUGAAGGCCUUUAUAUGUAUUGUGUUAUGACAAAAGAUAAAGGAGGAUUCCAAUCUAAGAGCAGUAAUUGUGAAUCUAUACACGAUGCACAAAGUAAUUGCUAGUUUCAAUGGUCAAUUAGAAAUGUGAAAUAAAUGUUCCUUAGUUCCUUUUAAACUAUAAGUUCCAGGUAGUAGGGAUAUGGCAGCUGUGCUGUUAUCAGCAGUUAUAUUGAUGUCACUUGAUGUUCAACAUUGUGAUAUGUUUAUUUUAAAGUGAUUGUUCUUACUCAUUCUAUUUCUUUUCCUUGUCAGUAGAAAUAAAAGCACAGGGUUAGUUUUCAAUAUGAAGAAAAUAAGAUGAAUUCACUAGCAGCUUACAUGCAGCUGACUUUUUGCGUUCACAAUCAGUAGAUAAGUAAGAAACUCCCUCAUGAGCAAGGAGAACCACGUGUAGUAUUACUUCAUCCACAUAUUUAGCUUUCUUUGGAAUUUAGAUUUCCUUUUAUCUUUGGUUUCUUUUCUUUUGGCCUUCUUCACUGAGGAUUCAUCGAGAAUAUUAUGCAAAUUACGAUUAGUGUGUGUUUACAUCCGAUAUCAAAUCUUUAGGUUUACAUACCUAAAUGCCUGAUAUGUAAGUUUUUCUAUCAAAGUAUUAUUUUGCUUUUAUUGUUGCUUAUUGAGAAUGGUGAUACCUAAAAUGUUUGUGAAAAGAACAUUUAUAAGAUUGUUCCAUUCAACUUAAUUUUUGAAAAUUGACUCAUUUGUAGUAAAUUUGUAGUUUAAAAAAAAUAGAUAUAUAUAUAUAUAAAUACUUAGUUUUUUAAAUUGAGGUUUAUGUGAGGUGGAGGCAGAAUUGCAGGUCACAUUUCUAAGUGCCACUUUCAAUGAUUUCUAUCUGGUGGGUGUUUCAUAAAGCUGAGAAAAAGUUACAAGCGACUUAAUGACCAAUUGGUGAUCAUUUCUUAGGAAUUAAAUGAAAACCUAUGCAAAUCUGGUGUAUAGCAUUUACCACCAAAAAGGUCACCAACCAUUCACAAAGUCGCUUGUAAGUAACUUACAAACAGCUUUGUGAAACACCCCUCUGGAUACUUUUAUUUUAAUAUAUAUUUGAUGUGUUAUGUGUGGAACUCAUGAGCUGAGAAUGCAUGAUUGGCUUGACCUUAUGAAAGUAAUGAUUUUCUUGCUCAAUAAUCCACGCUCUAACACAGGCUAAGUAUGUUGUUUAUGUAUGAGACAGGGAUGUUGGAUACGCAUCGAAUAAAAGCUGUUCAAAAAUUACACAAUACUGUACAAAAAACACCUAGAAUAUUGCAAGCUGAAUGUGAUACUUGAUCAUUUCAAAUUCAAACUGAUCAAAAAAGAAAAGUAGAUAAUAGUGUUCUUAUUGUUAAAUGGUUGGCACUUGCAAGACAUUUUAAUCUGAAGUGUAUUUUUGUAAACAACUUGUAUCUUUUUUGAAAUAGAGUCAUGCUUCCUUACACUACAGUACCUUGUCAUUAUACAUCACAAAGUAUUUGGCAAAAAAGUAUUCUUUGCUUAUCAUACUGUAAAUUAUAUACGUUUCCAUUGUCUUUUCUUUUGCUCAAUUAAUUUUAAAAAGAGAAAAAUAAACAAAAGCAAAGAUAUUGACUUCACUUGCCAAUUGGUAUAAAUAUCUAUACAUAUAUAUGUAUAUUAAUAUGGUAUUAUUGAUUAUCUCCUUUUCUGAAACCAUGUUUGGACAAAAUUGUUUGGAUGAAUAUCUUAUUUAUCGCUUUUGAUCAUGAAAACGGAAUACAAUACUUCAGAACGAGUCAUCAAUAUAUUCUACAUUGUAGUUGAAUAUAGUAAAAAGCAAUUUUAACAGAUAAUAAUGAUGAUUAUUCUUGAUUAUCAUUGUAAUGAUAUGUCGGAGAUUAAUAUUAAUUUCCUAGGAAAUUACAUAUCUGAUGCCUUUGAAAAAUUGUCAAGCCAUCACUUUAAUUAUAUUGUGGUCAUGCAAAACAUCAACAGCACAAGUAUAGGAUGAGAGAAACUAAUAGUUCAUGCUAAGCUUUUGUGCAAAGGGUUCCUUAGCGUAACAGGAGUAUUAACAUGUCCAUGAUUUAUAUUUGCGGUUGCACAGAUGUUUUUGUGAUAAACCACUUCUCAUGUAUAAAUAUGAUAUUUCAGCUAUCAUUGUCAUGUUAUGUGCAUUUCCAUUUACUGCACCAUACAAUGUAAACCAACAGACUUAGACGUGUAUAAAUAUAUUAUAAUUGAACACUGUUA